CGGGAACUGAUGGUCAUCGCCGGCGACAUCAACCAUAUUGUGCUUCACCGGGGAAGAGAUCUAGCCACUGAUAUCACAAGACGUCUUCUUCGUCAAGCACAGAUUGUCUUGCACAGGGUAGGGAGCGUGGUUGUAAUAUUGGGAGUAUGAGAAAUGCCGAACAACUACGACUACAACAACCACAACUACCACAACAACAACUACGACUACGACUACGACAAACCCGAUUACUGGUACAGUAUAUCUCCUAAAAUUACCUACAAAACCGACUGUGAAACAGAAGAUUAUAGAAAAGUAUCCAAUAGAAUAAAAGGGUGUGGAAGUCUUUCCAAGCAAUUCUCAAAAUAG